GCGAAGGUCCACGGAUGGAGAAUCUACGUCACACCAACGAUGGCCUGUGUUUUCAAGAGUCGUCGAGCUCCGAGCUCCGGUUGACGCCCUACAAAUGGGCCAACAAGUCCACGCUUUCCAACAACUUCUUCCGCCGGUUUACCAACGGUCGUGGAUGCUCCGCGCUCAAGGACAUGGCUCUGCGAAGCGUCGUGAAGUACCGACAGGCCUUGACGGCCGAAACGCUAGCUCAGACUCCCUGGGAUCCCGUAGGAGACUUGGUGUGGAGGCAGAUCGUCAAGAUGAAGGCGGUCACAGUCGCGUGCUGGAAAGCGUUCGCGCUGGCCUACUGCUCGAACCGCGACGCGCAGAAGGUCCUCGGAGACCUCAAGGCUCCGUCCGGGCUUCCGCUUGAGCUCCUGGCGCCGACGCUGCCGUUGCUCGACGCGCCCGACGCCUGUUUCCUCACGCUCCUCCGCCUGGACGCGGCGUCGAUGCGUCUUUCGGACUGGUUAAACCUGUGCGCGCUCAAGAACCUCCGCGCUCUUUACGUGCGCGGGCCGCGUGGUCCUUCGCGCUUUUGCGACCGAGUUGCGAGGGGCUGGGCCAGCCAUGCGAGAGACGCCGGUGCCUUUUCGCAGCUGCGCUGGUUCGUGGUGGCCGGCCAAGACAAAGUGCUCCUUUCGCCCGGCUCGUUCGCUCAGCUGCUUAGUCUUCCCAGGCUCGCGGUGUUCGGAUUAGGGGUUCUGGACGGCACAGUCGAGCCCGGUGACUGCGGGUGGAGAGUCACAACUCAAGGUUGGUCAUCAUUAAUCUCUUCUCAUUCUCAAAGUCGAGACUGCCACGGCCUUGCCGGCCUGGACAGCGCGCUCGACGCGGCAUACUCGUCGAGCAACAAUAUUUCCUGUUUGAGGCUCAUCGUUCAUGUUGGCGAGCGCCUUAACUCGACAACCAAAUCCGUAGGUGACGACUAUUACGAGGGCGCUGAUCUGACUACAUUUGAGAGAGACGCAAUUCCUGAUGAGAAGAAGAGGAGCCCUUCACCAUGCACCGCGGUCUCGUCAGAGAUCUCGCGUAAGCCAAAGAUCAGGAAACUUGCGCACAGGCAGCUAUGCGACGUCUUCUCUUCGCUCCAAACGUAACGUUGCCACCAUCUGCUCAGCCGCUGCAAGCUCUUGGUGGUAUAUUCGACCGCUGUUUACGGAUGAUCGAGUCUUUGUCUUCAGCCACAAAGACCGGAAUGCUCGAUUCCACAGGGCCAUGCUGGUGGAGUUGCCGAUUGCAUGAAACUCACAUAGCGCAGAGUGUCAACUUCGCGAACGACGAUCUUGACCUUGACCGCUCUCCAGUCGAAAAGAGUUCUGUGGUUUUCUUUUACGACACGAAGCGAAUGUUUAGGAUUUUAUAACAUGGAGAACGCUAUCGGGCAUCGUAUCUCAUUCUAAUUAAG